UCUCUAUUGGCCUGCACGUGUUAUUUGCAGUUAUUCUUUCGUUGUCUUUUGUUUAUAUGGCAAAUAUUCAAUAAAAAUUUGCCUUUAACAUGUUUGUCAACGAAGUGAACGAUGUUAAAAUCUAUAAUCUUAGCGCCGGUAAAUCGGUGCCAGAUUGGCUCACCGAUCGCCGAAAACGCUCACAGCUGAUGAAAAAAGUGGACUCCCGUAGGCAGAUUGAACUCAUUCAGGACUUUGAUAUGCCGGGAGUCUGCACCAGUAUACGAAUGAGUCCCGAUCAGCAAUAUAUACUGGCCACUGGCACAUAUAAACCGCGUGUCAAAUGCUUUGAGGUAUCGAAUCUUUCAAUAAAAUUCGAGCGCUGUUUCGAUUCAGAGGUUACCACAUUCGAGGUGAUUGGCGAUGAUUAUAGUAAAAUGGUUUUUCUACAAUGCGAUCGCUAUGUGGAAAUUCAUGCAGCCCAUGGACGACACUAUAGACUGAGAAUACCGCGCUUCGGAAGAGAUUUGAAAUAUCAUAGACCCAGUUGUGAUAUGUUUAUUGUGGGCGUCGGUAGAGAUAUUUAUCGUUUAAAUUUGGAACGAGGCCAGUUUCUCCAACCUUUUGAAACGGAUGCAAGUUGUUUAAAUGCCUGCGAAAUCAAUCCUGAACAUCAUCUACUUGUAGUGGGCACAAAAGAGGGAACCGUAGAGGCUUGGGAUCCACGUGCAAAACAACGCUGCUCCACUCUUGAUGUGGCCAUGAAGUUGCCAGGUGUCAAAGAGUUUCCCUCUGUUACAGCCCUUAAAUUUCGCAAUGGCCUUCAAAUGGCUGUUGGUACUGGUUCUGGUCAUGUCCUGAUCUACGAUAUACGCGCACGUCAACCGUUGUUGGUUAAAAAUCAUCUAAAUCGCUUGCCCAUAAAACGAUUGGCUUUCAAUCCCGCCCAGAAUGCUGUCUAUAGUCUUGAUGAGGCCACUCUUAAGCUAUGGGAUGAGCAAACUGGCAAACAAAUUGCCUAUGUGGAGUCAACAACAUCGUUUAACGAUUUCUGCACCAUACCCGAUACGGGAAUGUUCUUUUUGGCCCAGGAAGAUGUGAAAAUGUUGACAUAUUAUGUACCAGCUAUGGGACCAGCGCCACGUUGGUGUUCGUUCUUGGAUAAUCUCACUGAAGAUAUUGAAUCAGAGGUUGUGGAAAAUGUCUACGAUGAUUAUCAAUUUGUCACGGCCAAGGAAUUGGCUGAAUUGGGUCUGGAACAUUUGAUUGGAACAAAUCUUCUCAGGGGCUAUAUGCAUGGCUACUUCAUGGAUGUGCGUUUGUAUAAUAAAGCAAAGGCUGUGGUCGAACCCUUUGCUUUUGAUCGUUUCCGCAAGGACAAAAUACGACAGCAGAUUGAAAGCGAUCGUAAGAGUCGUCUGCAAAUUGAAUCCAAAUUACCCAAAGUCAAUAAGGAAUUGGCUCUUAAGAUUAUGGACGAACAGUCCAAUCAAGAGAAACAAAGUAAAUUGCCAAAUCUUCUCGAGGAUACGCGUUUCAAGGCUAUGUUCGAAAAUACCGACUUUGCGGUCAGUAAGGAUGCCGAGGAAUAUCGUUUGUUGGCUCCUGUGCUCAAUCGUCUGGACAAAUCCAAGGCAAAGGAGCUGAAGAAACGUGUGGAAGUGGCACGAGUGGCGGAAUUGCAUGCAGAAGAGUCGCAACAGCGCGAGGAUAGUGAUAAUGAUGAAGAUCUAUUUGGUUUUGAUAAAACUGAUGGCGAUAAAUCAUCCGAAAGUGGCGAUGAGGCUUCUUCAGAUGACGAUGAUAGACGAGAGUAUGUUAAGGAAAUGAAACAGGCCUACAAACAGGUUAAAAAGCAACGAGAAGAUGAGGAAGAACAAGAAGAGGAUGAACAGGAGCCAGAUGGUCCUGAUGAUUAUGCUGCUCCCUUGACUAAUGGCAAUUCCAUUAAGCCCUCAACUAAUGUCAAUUCUCGCAUUACAAUGACAGCGCUAGACGAUACCCAAGGUAAUUCCCUGCUACAGCAACGCAUCAAACAGGCCAGUCUUCAGGAUCGUGUAAGGGUCAUGUCCAAUCUUGAGGCACAGGUCACCAAUGUGGGACGCUCGUUGGGCAAUCGUCAAAUGACCUUUGAAGUCAACAAGCAAAAGAAAUCCCAGUAUAUGGCCAAGAAACGAGAAGCCGAGCUCAAGAAACAUCACGCUGAGCGAAGAAGCAUAGUUAGACCAAUAAAAUCAUUACGAUUAAAACGAGUUAACUUUAAGUAGAGUCUUGUUUUUUUUUACUAUAUAUUAUAGUAGUGUAAAUAUAUUAUAUAAUUUAAAUAAAACACAAUUAUUCCUCCUCUUCGACAAAAUGAUCGAAAUAAGGGAGUGGCUGAUGGUAA